ACUAUCACAUCGUGAGGGUGGACACCAAAGGCAGCGAAACCGCCAAAAAAAAUCGAGACACCUGCCCCCAGCUCACCACAGCAAUGGCCUCCGUUCUCAGGGCGUACAAUGCAUUCCUCCAGCGGCGUCCCAUGGUUGGCCAGUGCGCGACUUCAGCAGUACUCUUCGGCGCGUCCGACGUCGUCGCCCAGCAGGCGGUCGAGAAGCGUGGACUCGCGAAACACGACUUUGUGAGGACGCUACGGUCGACGUUCUACGGAGGAUGUCUCUUCGGCCCUGCGGUCACGAAAUGGUUUGCAUUCCUCAACCGCCUCCAGUUCGCGUCGCCGAGGAGGGCGGUCCUCUAUCGGGUCUACAUGGAUCAAUUUAUGUUUGCGCCGAUUGUCAUCGGAUUUUACUUUGGCUCAAUGACUUUGCUCGAGGGCAAAGGCGUUUCUGAGGCGACGACUCGCAUCGAGAAGAACUAUGUGUCGACCGUCAUGCGUAACUGGAUGGUCUUCAUACCAACGCAGCUCGUCAACUUCGGACUGGUGCCGCACCACCUUCGGGUGCUCACAGUCGGCGUCGUGUCUCUCUUCUGGAACACCUACCUGAGCAUCGUGAACAGCGGCUCGCAAGCGUCCUCAGAAGACACCGCGGCUGAGCAGGCCGAGAUGGGUGCACUCGUGAAGGUGCCUACCUGAGUGCUCUGCGCCGUUCAUGGCAUUUUUACACCAAAUUUAAUAUCAUCAGCAUGUGAGCAUGUAUUAGAAUUUAGACUAUAGAUUUUACUUCCG